GCUCAACACUGUUUCUGAAUGUUCUUUGUUCACCUCUUGCCUGAGGCUAUAGCAAGGAAAACAUUAGAAAAGGAAUGCUGGAUGCGUGGUAUGACAAACAGAAAUUAAUUUGCUAGGGCAGCAUAGACUGUGGCGGAAAUGUUUUAACCAACAGGAAAAACAAGAGGAAGGUACUAUAGUCACUCAUGCUCAAAUCACAGACGGGUCUGCCAUCUUUACUGCCUGGAUUCGAUUUUUUCACAGGUUUAUGAUACCUACACCAAUGAAAAGAUCCUGCAAAUGCUAAGGAGCCACUUGGACAGCACCAGCAGUGCCAGUGCCGUGUAUUAUGUUGCGGAUCCUGCUUCUUUUGCUUAUUCUGCUUUCGACUGCUUCAGGAAAUCAGUGUGAAUUUCUAAAGCCAAGAACCGUGAGCUUCUAUUCUCUGGACAUGAACACAACUCUGACCUGGAUGCCACCAGAGAACGCAGAAGGAGUGUUUUAUACUGUUUCCUACUUAGUAUAUGGGAGUGAUAUCUGGCACAGGAAAUUAGAAUGCACAAAUAUAACUUGGACAUGGUGCAAUCUAGCUCAUGAAACAAACAAAAAUUCAACAACAUAUGGUAAUGUCACUGCAAGCAAUCUGAACUGUUCUACAUCUAAAAUUUCAGAAGGGUUUGAACCUUACCAUCAAACUAUCCUUGGACCUCCAAAAAUCAACUUGUUUUCCGAUGCAAACUCAAUUGUAAUCAAUCUAACUCAUCCCAUUGCUGAUCAUUUCCAUAUUAAGUUUAAAUAUCAUAUCUACCUAAAUGGCAUACACAUCAAAGAAACAAAAAGUCCUUAUUACAAAAAAGAACAUUUAGAUUCACAUACAAAGUAUUGUAUAACUGCCAAAUUGUCAGUAUUUGGAAGAGAGAGCAGUAUGUCCGGAACAACAUGUAUUACAACAGAAAGAGAUUACAGUGAAGAAAUUGUUAAAGUGUUACAAUAUAGUUUGCCAGUGAUGUUGGCUACAUUAACAUUCAUUUUAGUAGCUUAUGCUGUGCAUAAGUAUAUUUACGUCAGCAAUUCCAGCCAACCACAUAUUCUGAACACCAUGAGAAGAAGCAAUGCUAAUUUACUUUUCUUGGAGGCUUAUUCAGUACCUAUAAACAUUCUAAUCAUAGAUAGAGACAUUAUAAAUCUACAAGGCUCCGUAAUAUCUGAAAAGGAUGAAUCGCUGAAUAAGAGCUUUAUGAAUUUAAGUCUUCCCAAAGAUGAUCUUAUUCAUGAGUCAGUUAUUACUGAUGAAGACAAUUAUUACAGUUAUGACACAUUUCAAGACAACGUACAAACUGCAAGACCAAAUAUUUCACCAUAUGAUAUGCCACAUUGGACAUUUGACAUUCCUGCACCUAACCAAAGGGUAUAGCAUGGUAUAAGAAUUUCCUUGAUACAGGACCACAGCUAUAACUGUCAAUUAGCUUUAUCCUGUUAUCCUAGUUAGUGAAAGAGUUUGUUCUUUGAUUUGCUUAUCCAAACAAUGGCUACGAAACCUUUGCCCAAGACAAAGGUAGGAUAUUGAUCUAUCCAAAACUUUAUUCUGUCACUAGAACAAGCAUACAUCACAGCACUAGCUGGAAAAACACCAGAUGGAAGUUUUUUUUAUUAUGUUUUGUUAUUUUUUUAAAUUAUUUUUAGUAAAAAUUUAACCUGGUAAAUAUGAAAUAUUGCAUGUCAAGGUUUCAUACUUACUGUCUGCAGUCAAAAGCUAGUUUUUUUCUGCAGUGAUUUACUACUAUGUUGUGAACAGCUUAAAUAGACUGUGUAAUUUGAUCUCCUGCUAUGGAGGUCUAUUUAUAACAUACGCACAAGGGGAAUGAGUAAUAGAAGGGACACAUUUUCCUUUUUUACUAGAUUAAACCUGUGUAUUGCAAAGUAAAUACACAGCUUGCUAAGGAGCUAGACUUGCCCCCUUUAAUUCAAUAAAUACCAUGACUGCUGAUCGUGUUCCAGAUCUGUCUCAACCAGCUGAUUCAGCUGCUGUGAUAAAUAAUUUAGACCCUGAUGACAUCACUCUCCCUGGACUUCCCUCUCAGUCCAGGUAUAGUCACUUUCCUGGAGCUCAGUGACAACCUUUUAUUGGCCAUAGUUUUAAAAAGUUUAUUUUUUUUUAUAUUAUACUAUUGUUGUAUAUUGUCGCAGGUUAGGAAUUUCUUUUUUUUUGCAAAUUUAUAAAGUCGCUAACAUUUCCACUUCAAUACCAAAGUGAAUACCUCUAAUUAAUACAGAGCCCACUUUGAUACUACCUAACAAAAUGGUUCUAUGUAAACCCAAUAUAGCCAAGGUUAGCUAUUAUGCUUACAAGUUAGAAACAUUUUCUGUGUUGUUACUGCAGGGUUGGCUCCCUCUAGUGUUUACUGGACUCUAUGUGUGAAUUUUCUUUCUUCCUGUGUAAGGAUAUAAAAAAAAGCAUCAUGGGAUGUGUAGUUUAGAAUGCUGAAGUGACUCUGCCAGCAGCACUGAUCUGAACUACAGGGAACAGAAUGCUGAGUAAACCAAACAGACUGCUGGGAGAGGAUAUAAAAAGGGCUGGCACUGCCUAGAUCACUCUCUCUGGACACAGUAUUGACUCUGGCAGCAGGAGGUCUGUGUAACAGGGAGUUUUCCGACCAUUUGAGGCCUACACAGCGGGGAGCCAGAUAGCCAUGUCUAGAGGGAUCUCUGCAGGCAGCAUUGCUUCUUCAGUGCAGUGGACCGGAGGGUGUUCCGUUUCAUCCAGAGGCGCCUGCAAUUCAGGAUCCAGUGAGCUCAGCGUGGCGCGGUGGCUUCCAUUAUACAAAGCAAAGACAAGACACAGAGAAAGCUUUUUGACUGGAGUCUUCUCAUCAUUUAACCAUUCAUUUAAUCUAUCUGAGAUCCAGAUUGGUGAGCGCGCAUAGCCCAUGUUAUAAUUAAGGACACUGCUGUUAGACAUCACCCACACAGUUUAGCUGGUGGUACUUGUAGUUCCACAGGAGUUGCAUCCUCUUUUAUAACGGACCGAGCAAGCAGAUGCCUAUGCUCAGUACACAUUGCUGAUUUCAGUAGUCACAUUUUUUACAUCUUUAGGUUCUUAAAAUAAGGAAGUUGCACUAAUACCAGGAUAAAUUACAGCUUUGCUAAUUACUACAAUUUGCCAUUUUUGAUUUCUUCUUUUACAACAUAAAGAGGCUAGUUGAAGAUAUCUGGAAUUCAAGGAAUACCUUUCCUUACCCUUUUUAUAAUCCUCUCCUCCCACUUAUUUGCAUUGAACUGCAGAAGGGAGCCAUCCUUUUGAAUACAAUAUUGUUUAUACUGUUUAUAUUGUGCAGGAUUGCUGGCCUGUGUGUUGAGAUAGAAGAGAGACAUCUGUGCCAGAUGUUUACUCUCCUGUCAAUCUGUUCACAUAGGUUCUUGUAUUGAGUUAAUAUUUGUGUACAUUCACAAUUAAGGGGCCUUUACAUUAAUACACUGUGUUUCCAUUAAGUACCAAGUUGAUAUAUACAUGUAUCUUGUAUUUUGAUAUUACAGUAAACAUAUCUGAAUUGUUACUUUA